GAUCCACGCACUUCUAGAUUACAGCUAAUUGGUCACACCAAGAAUAAUUCAGAGAAUAUAUAUAUAUAUAUGUGUGUGUGUGUGUGUGUGUAUGUAUAUGUAUAUGUAAUGUAUGUCUAUGGUUAAAGAGGUGAUGCAAAAGCUAUAUUAGGGUUAGUGAAUUGAAAACAAGAAUAUUUCAAAUUUGGGUACUUGGCUUCUUCAAUUUUAUAGAUAGAAGACAAUAAUCAAACUGUUGGGUCAGUCAAAAUUUGCUUUCUUUCAAAAUCCCCCUUGUAUAACCUAACUUUUACACGCAACAAUCCUCUUUGCUAGAUUUGAGCAAUCGAGAGAGCAAUGCCACAGACUCUUGGCAGCAAUUGAGAGGGAUGAAGAAAAAUUCUUUGUUAACCCACAAUUCAGGAACACAUACAAGCCCGGCAACACCAGAUUACCAGGAUGGCAAUGUAGGGGGAAUUCAAAAGGGAUGGUGUUCAGAACGAGUACCGCCCACAAACAGUGGCCGGCGGCAUAUUGGUGCUGCAGCCUUGAUGCCUUUCAAUAGCGGAAGGACUUUGCCUUCGAAAUGGGACGAUGCCGAGAGGUGGAUUACCAGCCCAAUUUCUCAAUCCAGUGUUAGCAAGACUUUGCUUGUGCAACCUCAGAGACGACCCAAGUCGAAGAGCGGUCCACUUGGGGUUCCAGGGACUGUGUACUACUCAAAUCACUCGCCCACUGUGCCGGUGCUGCAAGGAGGGAGUGUGAGGAGCUCACCAUUUACAACUGGAGUACUGUUAACAGAUGGUCUAUCCAUUCAAUACGGUGGUGGUAAUAAAUUGCACCCUAAUCCAGGGCACACCAACAGCAAUAUGGCACGAACAGCUAGUCUAUUAGGAUGGUCUGAUUUGUUAAGCGAGUCUUCGUUGCCCAGCUCCCAAGAUGAGAAGUUUGAAGGCACCAAAGCUUCGGAAGCCAUGGUCUCUCCAGUUGUUUCGCGACGGGAUAUGGCUACCCAAAUGAGCCCCGAGGGUAGCACCCACUCAUCUCCACAAGGAAGGUCAUUGUUUGCCACCUCUCCUCCCUCAAUCCUACCCAGUGUGAAGCCACACAACAACCAUUCUACAAAAUUGGAAGUCAGAGAUGUGCAGGUUGACAAACGAGCCACUGUGACAUGGCAGUUAAAAAACAAUGGCUCACCAGAUGUUAAGGAAUUAACUUCAUCUAGCAAUGUUGCGGAGGCAGCAAAGGACAUGUCAAAGUUCCAAAGAGAGGAAGCCAAAAUCACUGCAUGGGAGAAUUUGCAGAAGGCUAAAGCUGAGGCUGCAAUUACGCAACUUGAGAUGAAACUGGAAAAGAAAAGAUCGGCAUCUAUGGAUAAGAUUUUGAACAAGCUGAAAAUUGCUGAGAUGAAAGCCCAAGAGAUGAGAAGCUCAGUUUCAGACAAUCAUUCCCCUCAGAUUCGUCGGAGUUACGACAAAGUUCUAGUCCUCCGGAAGUACGUUAAGAUAGGUUCCCUCAGAAAUUGGUUCACCUGCCAUGCAUUCUAAUUACUUCCAUGUUCUCCCUCUGGCUCGUCCUUAAAACCUGCAGUUUCAAAACUCUAAAUUAUGUUCGCCUAUGGUUCAGCCAUCAAAUGGAGCAUCAAUUAAUUUGACCAUCAUAUUUAUGAUAAUAGGAGGUGGCUUUUUGGAAGGGGAUAAAGCAACUUUUGAGAAGAAAUGUGAAGGUCAAGGCAGCUGUUGGUUUAACAUUGAAGUAGUCUGGAUAUUCGAUAUAUAGCAAGCCACCAAAAAAAAAAAAAAAAGAAAAAUAGGGCGCUUCCUCGGUAACUGGAAAUACGACCAACUAGCUCGAAGUUACACCACUUGAUUGGUGCACAUAAUGUAUUUAAAGAUUUAGUAAUAUUGUAAUCUACAUUCUGGUGUAAAUCACUUGGGGAAAAUAUACUAAGCAUGAUAAUUUUUUCUUUUUUCCUAAA